GACGUAAACAAGCGGCAGUAUACGCCAUCAAUAGUCAACAUGUAAACAGUUUCUCUAGUCAUAUGACCGUUAAAACUUCGCUUCAUCUCUUGAAGGGAAACUGUCUUGUCAGUUAAAGUUGGAAUGCGGACGGUUUUACACGACCGCAAACCUCUUUCCGUCCACGAGAAACGCAGUUUUAGCGAUGACCGCUUAGCCAGCGCUGACUCGGUCUCCCGUGGAAGUCAGUGGACCGGGGACGAGGAGCCAAGCGAGAGAACAAGAUGAAUAAAUGCGUCGAAAAUCUCACGAUUCAAGCCGGGGAUGGGCACCGGCCGAAUAGAGAAGACGAAGACGAGACACCACUCCUAACACAGGUUGUGGGGGUUUCUAGAGGAGCCUCCUUCACCUCUUCUGUUUUCAACCUGAUGAAUGCCAUCAUGGGCAGUGGAAUUCUGGGUCUUGCCUAUGCCAUGGCCAACACUGGGAUUGUGGGGUUCAGCAUUUUACUGUUGCUGGUCUCCAGUUUUGCUGCUUACUCCAUCCACCUCCUGCUCAUGCUGUGUGACCAGACAGGUAUGACCUCAUAUGAAGGCCUAGGAGAGAAAGCUUUCAACAAGACAGGCAAGGUUCUGGUGGCCUGCUCCAUUCUGAUUCAGAAUAUUGGUGCCAUGGCUUCCUACAUGUUCAUACUAAAGUCUGAACUUCCUGCCACCAUCCUAAGUUUCCUGAGAACAGAGGCUUCUGGGGUGUGGUAUGAAGAUGGGGCAAUUUUAUCAGUUCUGGUCACACUGUGUGUGGUGCUACCUCUGGCCCUUUUGCCCAAGAUAGGUUUUCUUGGCUACACCAGUAGUCUGUCCUUCUUCCUCAUGCUGUUCUUCGCUGCCGUGGUGGUGGUGAAGAAGUGGUCCAUUCCUUGCCCCCUGCCCAUCAACGCCACUCUGAGUCAAGUCUCAAACUCCUCUGCCUUAGACUGUAGUGUUCACCUCUUUGUCUUUUCCAGUAAGAGUGCCUAUGCUGUCCCCACCAUGGCUUUCUCCUUCCUGUGCCACACUGCAGUUAUGCCUAUAUACAGUGAGCUGCAGCAGCCCAGUAAAUAUAGGAUGCAGAAUGUGGCCAAUGUGAGCAUAUCCCUCAGCUUCCUGGUCUAUUUAGUCUCUGCCCUCUUUGGCUACCUCACAUUCUACGCCCAGGUGGACUCUGAACUGUUGCUAGGUUAUGAUGCCUACUUGCCACAUGAUGUCUUGAUGAUGUCAGUGCGUCUCGCGAUCCUAUUGGCUGUGCUGCUCACUGUGCCUCUCAUCCACUUCCCUGCUCGUAAGGCUAUCUUAAUGUUAUUUCAUGCAGAGAGGGAGUUUUCCUGGUUUUCUCACUGUGUCUCCACUGUUCUCAUCCUUACACUCGUGGAGCUGCUCGCCAUAUAUGUACCUGACAUCAGACACGUCUUUGGAGUAGUAGGCUCCACCACCUCCACCUGUCUGAUAUUUGUGUAUCCAGGACUGUUUUACCUGCGCCUCAGCACUGACCACAUCAGAUCCUGCACCUCAGUUUGGGCCAUUGUGCUGAUGGUGUUUGGUGUGCUUGUGGGUUUGCUGAGUCUGGCCGUCAUCAUCAUUUCCUGGGUGAACGCAUACUGACCUCUCAACCUCUGACCUCUCCACUGCGUCUCGGAUAUCCUGGCACUUGUGAUUAGUAUUGAAAUGAUAAUACAGUAAUUAAGAUCAAUCCAGGAUCAUUCAAAGAGGGACAUAUUAAAAGGUUACACAGUGACAGGUGGAUCAUUAUUGCUGUAGCACACAGAUUACAUACAAUGAUGAAACUGACAGUUUGAAAAUGCGUAACUCAGGGGCUAAAGUUUUAAAAAAUUCUAAAGAUCAAAUUUAGAUCAAAUAUGUAUUUUAAAUAGUGCAAAUGUAUGUUCAUUACAUGUUGCUGUGGUUAUUUAAUUAAUUGGCUGAUGCAUUAAAAUCAAAUGGUUUGGCCAAAACUGUACUGCGCCUAAGAGCUAAAAUAAAAAAAGUAAUUAAAAAAAUAUAUAUAUGUGUCAAAUUUGACACUUGUGUAGUAGCUGCUCAUAUUUUAUAUUAAUAAGACGGGGACUAUUCAGAGAAACAACACUAGCUGUCUACUUCUUGAGCCAAUCUAAGAGAAGUGAAGGAUGGAGCUCACAACAGCCAUGCCCCCCCCUCACUACAGCCACACCCCCAGUGCAGCCCCCCCCUCACUACA